UCCCGGUCUCACUUUCGUUUGCAAGACCUAUACAGAAUUCAGGAGACACGGUGGCAUUUUGGGCCUGACGUACCUUUUCCUGGCCUGCUGAGCAACACUGGUAUAUAGUGAUAUUGGGUUAGGGUCCAUGCUAGCAGACUGCCAUUAUGCUGCCAUUUUGAAAGCAUGCUGCCAUUGAUGGUUGGGUCCAUCAGGCAUUUUCUGGUUAUACUGUUAUGUUAUGCUGCCGUACUGCUCUUUUAUGGGAUUUUAAAUGGUCACAAGUCUGCCUUGAGCUCUUAUCUAAGCAAAGAGCUGGGAUAUAAAAUUUAAAAACAGCCAUACAGUAGAGGGAAGAAGGGUGAAUUCUGGAAAGCUCCAUGUCAAGGGGUAGACAACAGACUUCCCCAUCUCCCUGCUCCAUGUUCCUGGGCAUUUGCUGAGGGUAAUUGUGCUUUGCUUCAUCAGCAGGAACAAACUCCAUCUUACAUGUUUCUCUUAUGGCUUAUUUCUUUUCCCAUCACCCCCACCCUCUUCAGGUUAUCAACAGAAAUGUUUGUAACUGUGCUUCAUGGAGAAAACAAAGCAGACAUUUUUAACAUUCAUUGUAAAGUCCAGCUUCUUCUAGAUGGCAUCAAACACCACUGUGGCUGUGAGGAUGAAGAUGAAAUCGAGUUAGCCGAUGAGAGUGGCCAGAUCAAGAACUUACUCCAAAACAAGCACCGCUCCGCAAUGGAACUUUUGGGGGAACGAGAAUCCUAUGUGCUCCUUGCCGUUGCAAGUAGCGAAAGACCUUCAGAGAUGGAAUUCACACCCCUGUUGAAAGAUGAGAAUAUCAUUAACCCUAAAUUCUUAGCGAAACUGGGGAAUUGCCAAGACCACAAGGUCCCCUCUCCCAAGAUGAAAAUCAGAAAGAGCCACAAAAAAUCAACCUUGGAUGUUACAGUUGCUGAAGGGUUACGGAAUCAUUCACCUCAUAGCAGUAAAGCAAGGACUCCCACGGCUUCUCCGAAACAAAGCAGGAAAAUAUGAUUUAUAACCAAUUAUCAAGUCAUGACCAAUGCUGAGAGUUUGGGAAAUGUUCUUCUUUGCGCAAAUGUUGAUUAGGGAUACAGUUCUAUGCACUCUUGCUUGGGAGUAAGCCCCAUUGGACAUAGGAUGCUUCCAGGCGGAGGGCUUCUAGCAUUGCCUGUUAGAAGGGGUUGUCCAGCUAUUCAGCCAUUUCCUCCUCAGUGGAUUUGCUGCAGUAAGAGAAAAGAUGGAUUAUGUAACCCUCCCAUGUUUUCCCACCACAGGUAGAAGGUGAUGUCCUCUGGACUCCCCGCUUAAAUUAUGUGAACGGGGCAGCAUAAUGGUGCCAUAAAGGCCUUGCCUGAAAGUGCUCA